GCGUCGCGCGUCCCCACCUUCCCAAGGGGCUCCCCCGCAGACCUCGCCCGCGGGACAUGAGGCUUUGGCCCGGAGCUCCUCGCCGCUGAGCCGCGCACCUACUGCUACAGCUCCAGCGCCGAUCGGCCACUGAUUGCACUGCGGCGGCUGAAGCUCCCCAUCCUCUCCCAGGGACGGCACCAAGGCGCUCCGGCAUGGCGCUCCGCGGGACCCUCCGGCCACUCAAAGUUCGCAGGAGGCGAGAGAUGCUGCCGCAGCAAGUCGGCUUCGUGUGCGCGGUGCUGGCCCUGGUGUGCUGUGCGUCCGGCCUCUUCGGCAACUUGGGGCACAAAACAGCUUCAGCUAGCAAACGUGUCCUGCCAGACACGUGGAGAAAUAGAAAGCUGAUGGCCCCAGUGAAUGGGACACAGACAGCCAAGAACUGCACAGAUCCUGCAAUUCACGAGUUCCCCGCAGACCUGUUCUCCAAUAAGGAGCGACAGCACGGAGCUGUCCUGCUGCACAUCCUUGGUGCUCUGUAUAUGUUCUAUGCCUUGGCCAUAGUGUGCGAUGACUUCUUCGUUCCAUCUCUAGAGAAGAUCUGUGAGAGACUCCAUCUGAGUGAAGAUGUGGCUGGAGCCACCUUCAUGGCUGCAGGAAGCUCAACGCCAGAGCUGUUUGCCUCUGUUAUUGGGGUGUUCAUCACCCACGGGGACGUCGGGGUGGGCACCAUCGUGGGCUCCGCCGUGUUCAACAUCCUGUGCAUAAUUGGAGUAUGUGGACUGUUUGCUGGCCAGGUGGUCCGUCUGACGUGGUGGGCCGUGUGCCGAGACUCCGUGUACUACACCAUCUCUGUCAUCGUGCUCAUCGUGUUCAUAUAUGAUGAACAAAUUGUGUGGUGGGAAGGCCUGGUGCUCAUCAUCUUGUAUGUGUUUUAUAUUCUGAUCAUGAAGUACAAUGUGAAGAUGCAAGCCUUUUUCACAAUCAAACAAAAGAGCAUUGCAAACGGCAACCCGGUCAACAGUGAGCUGGAGGCUGGUAAUGAUUUCUAUGACGGUAGCUAUGAUGACCCUUCCGUGCCAUUGCUGAGGCAAGUGAAGGAGAAGCCACAGUAUGGCAAGAAUCCCGUGGUGAUGGUGGACGAGAUCAUGAGCUCCAGCCCUCCCAAGUUCACCUUCCCCGAAGCUGGCUUACGAAUCAUGAUCACCAAUAAGUUUGGACCCAGGACCCGACUACGGAUGGCCAGCAGGAUCAUCAUUAAUGAGCGGCAGAGACUGAUCAACUCGGCCAACGGUGUGAGCAGCAAGCCGCUUCAAAACGGGAGACACGAGAACAUUGAGAACGGGAAUGUUCCUGUGGAAAACCCCGAAGACCCUCAGCAGAAUCAGGAGCAACAGCCGCCGCCACAGCCACCACCCCCGGAGCCAGAGCCGGUGGAGGCUGCCUUCCUGUCCCCCUUCUCCAUGCCGGAGGCCAGAGGGGACAAGGUCAAGUGGGUGUUCACCUGGCCCCUCAUCUUCCUCCUAUGCGUCACCAUUCCCAACUGCAGCAAGCCCCGCUGGGAGAAGUUCUUCAUGGUCACCUUCAUCACCGCCACGCUGUGGAUUGCUGUGUUCUCCUAUAUCAUGGUGUGGCUGGUGACUAUUAUUGGAUACACACUUGGGAUCCCAGAUGUCAUCAUGGGCAUUACUUUCCUGGCAGCAGGGACAAGUGUUCCAGACUGCAUGGCCAGCUUAAUUGUCGCGAGACAAGGCCUUGGGGACAUGGCAGUCUCCAACACCAUAGGAAGCAAUGUGUUCGACAUCCUGGUAGGACUUGGCGUACCGUGGGGCCUGCAGACCAUGGUUGUUAAUUACGGAUCAACAGUGAAGAUCAACAGCCGGGGGCUGGUCUAUUCCGUGGUCCUGUUGCUGGGCUCUGUCGCUCUCACUGUCCUUGGCAUCCACCUAAACAAGUGGCAACUGGACCGGAAGCUGGGCGUCUACGUGCUGGUUCUCUACGCCAUCUUCUUGUGCUUCUCCAUAAUGAUAGAGUUUAACGUCUUUACCUUCGUCAACUUGCCGAUGUGCCGGGAAGACGAUUAGUGCUGAGUCGCGGCCCCUGGGAGCUGAUCUGGACACCCUGUGACACUGGCGUCCUCCUCUCCCCUCCUUCCCCUACCACAGGUCUCUCCUGCAUAGGCAGCCACUGUCCGUUCUUUCACACACUGGAAGGAAGAGUCAUCGUGGUAUUUGUCUGGUCACAGGCCAGGCUGCUGGGCGUCCUCCUCCUUGGAGUUCCACCCCUGCAAGGCUGGAUUCAGGGGCCAUUAUCUGAGCAGCUUCGAAGAUCCCUAGCUGCCAACCACGGAGAUGUGUCGAGCAUCUCAUCUCUCCUGCACACUUUAGUCAGAAGGACUUCUGCAUGCAGUUUGUCUUUCUGUUCUGCAGGCAGCCUCGGAAAUGAGGUCAUUUGCGAGCACGAGAUCACAUAGGGCAGGUGCAAAAUAGGAAUGUUGUUCUUGGGUGUCACCUCCGGCCCAGAGGCGGUUCCUUAGGCAGCAUGUGCUCCUGGGAGCCUCCAACUUUUGCUGGAAGCACCCAUAGUUUGGAAGGGGCAAGACCUCAACCUGUUGGGGUUUAGGGCCCAUGAUGGCAGACAUUCUACCCCUUUUCCUGGAAAAACUGGAAGAAUGAAAAUAAUUUUUUUUCUGCAGAAGAGAGAAAAUGAGUGAAUAUUCUUCUCACUUUUAUUGAUGCAUUCAGAGAAUAAGCAAUGAAAUAUUAAACAAUGAAAUAUCAUAUAGGUCAUCAUACUUGAAAACUAUCAUUCCAUAUGAAAGGAUCAUGAUACACACCAAAAAGGUAAUGAUCGUAGAGACACAAAUCCUCUGUGCGCCAUCUUGCGUUGGCACUGAGGUGUUUGGUUUGGAAUAGGGAAAAAGGUAAGAGACUAAUGUGGAAAGGUGCUAACUCAGAGACUGGAGAUUAUAGUUUACAGCUGUACUUUCCAGAUCUUCUAUGUGACACAAUGCACUGUCCUUGUGGGUUUGUCAUUUAUUUGUUAAUGCUGUAGUUUCAAAACCACCCUGUUGAAAGGUCCAGUUGUUUAUAUGCCCAACAAAUUUCAUAGCCUGCUGAACUGGACUGAGUGUGUCAAAAGUGCUGGUUAAUUAUGCAAGAGAGAUUGCCUGGAAAACAACAAAUUGCUUUCUGGUUAGCUGAAGGCAAGUGUGAAAAUCAGAAUUUAGAAUAUUUAGAGCUAAGCUUCUGGAACCACGUAGUUUACUAUACGUGAAAGGCCAAGAAUGGGAGGCUGACUCAAAAUUAGAUAGAAAAAUAUAAAAUAAUUUUCGAUCACUUCAUAGCUCUCAAAUAUAUAUUUAAAAGAUUUAUGACUACAAACCAUUUAUGGUUUAUGGUUUCUAAAAAAGAAAGCACAAUUAAUUUUAUAGAGAGGUUUUUUAUUUUUUUAAUAUUUCUAUUGCAAAAGUCUAUCCAAUUUGAUGCACUUUGAAUAUUGAGAUAUUUUGCACGGAUGAAUGUAUGGGAACUACCCAUGAUGAUGUAAGAGGAAAGAACAUUUUUUUGUGAUUCACCAGACAUCGCUUUAAACUUGGUGAUGAGUUUAAAUCCAGUAGCUAAUCCCUUCCUGAGACUCAAAGAUCGUGACCUGGUUGGAAUUUCUGACUGUGCUCUUUAGGGCCUCCGAGUUUCAAAAGGAGGAAGUGUUCGUGCUUGUGUCCCUUAAGUUCCCUGUUGCAUGAGCCUGCGACAGGACCUCACCCCCACCACCAGUCUUCUAUUUGGGAUUCACAUCAGUAUUAGUAUCGUAGCUCCACCAAGUUCAGGCUUCUCUUUUUGUUUUUUUUUUUAACCUAGAAAUUGGGCUCAUGGUCUUCAACUUGAGGACAAGGGUGAUUUUCCUAAGAAAUCAGCCAAGUGGGAAGGCAGGGACCCUGUAGAUUCACCAGUAUCAACUUUAGCUGCAGGGAUGCCAGAGCCCUCGGGACCACUCAGUCCCCUUAAUAGCUUAGUUCUCCUGGUUCCUCCAUCUUACAGGCUCAUCCGGGUUCCAAAGAGCUUCUGUCUCUGUUUUGAUUCUCCAAACUGCCCUGUGAUGUUCGUAGGGAUUAUUCUCCCCACUUAACAGAAAGUAGUGUCUUGGAGAGGUCAAGGGUCUGUAGUUCAAUGGCCAGUUAUAGCAGAAGAGAGGCCAAGCACCAGUCCAUCACCCCUCCCAGGCCAGCCUCUGUAAGUUGGCCACACUUGGGGAGUGAAUGUGGGUAUGACUUUACCCUCCUGGUUGGUUCUUACUGUUUGAGUCAAAACCUCAUCAAUAUAUCAUUGACUCCUGGGUUCCUUAGGUCAUUUCCUAAUAUCUGUCCCUAUCCAAUGCCUCUAUUUUUUCUUGAAAAAAAGACCAAAAAAUUAUUUUUAGCUAUAACAAGGCACAGGCCACGUGGCCCCUGAUGGCGUCCCUGCUGGUUUUCAAUUCUCUGAAGCCUUGUGUAGCUUUCAGGGCAUGUGUAUCCUAAUUACCCUCCUCUUCCUCAGCAGAACCCAUUUGAGAUUCUAAAUGGAUACGCCUAGUCUCUAAAGUUGCAGUUAGAAACUAAAAUAAUGUUUUUUAAUAUGUAAUAUGCUCCUCUUGGCUAAUUUUCUUUUGACUUUAAUGUGCCAAUGUAACUUCCUUUAAAGGAUCUAUGCAUUUAUUAAAUCUAGAAAACUAUA